AGAAAUGUCGUCUGAGAAGGAAAAAGCGCGGGAUCUGACAGAAAUGUCGUCUGAGACGAAAAAAUCGCGGGAUCUGACAGAAAUGUCGUCUGAGAAGGAAAAAGCGCGGGAACUGACAGAAAUAUCGUCUGACAAAGCCAGAGCGCGGGAACUGAUGCGAAAGAGAUGCAGAAUGAGACCGUACCAUUUCGCGGGGAGGGAGGUCGUCAUCUGGGAGAGGGACGUGGGAGAGAACUCGGAGGAGGCCAUCGGGAAAAGGAUCUGGCCUGGGGUAGGCGCUGACGUCACCAUCACGGACCUUCCCGACAUCCUCCCCUGCACAGCUGAGAACGUGACGUCAAACACGAUGGAGGGACAGAGAUGCAUAUGCAAAUAUCAGCCUAAGGUGCGCCCCCUAACGUGGGGGAAGAACCUUGCAGCGUUCCCGGCGCACGGCGUCCACUACGACUACGUCAUCGGCAUAGAGGUCGUGUACAUAGAGGAGGUUUUCGAAGACCUCAUCAAAACCAUCAAGUACCUGAGCGACAAGGACACAAGGAUCCUCAUUGGCUACCAGAUCAGGGUCAAGGAACGGGACUCCAAGUUCGUCCGACUGUUUAAGGAACAAUUCCGCGUCUUGAAGGAGAAGAGCAUCAUGGGUAAUCGGAUGAAGUUGUUGGAGGGGAGACUCAGAUGACGCAGAAUUGUUCAGUUUGAUUUGAUUUGAUUUUAUUGAAAUUGCAACAUCGCAAUACAUGCGGAACAGAGGCAGCUGUUGCUGGUGUUGUGUCCCGCACAUUGAAACGAAUACUGGUCAGACAAUACUCA